GUGAACAGUGUGAUUGGGAUUGGAGUUGGAGCUGGAGCCUACAUCCUGUCCAGACUGGCUGUAAGUCCCCGUUCCUCCUAGUCCUCCUCCAUAUACCACACCCCCCACUCACCCACAGCACGUGCUUGUUUCCAAACGUAUAACAGGAUCAUUUGUUAAUACAAAGGGCUUGAACGGAUACUUCGAGAUUUUGGCAAUGAGGCCCUUUAUCUACUUCCCCAGAGUCAGAUGAACGUGUGGAUGCCAUUUGUAUGUCUCUGUGUCCAGAAUGAAGGAAGUUAGAGGUAGUUUCAUGAGACAAUGUUAACCAGCGUAAUGACUGGAAGUCUAUGGUAUCUUCUAGCAUCUGCUCUACUCACUGUCCUCAGUCUUCAAUAAUAACUGGGCUGAACAAGGAUGAACAGAGCAGUCCCUAUCGAUAUCUCCACUAACCCCUGCUCCACCUCUUCAUUCCCCAUCUCGCUCCAUCUCCACCACUAAACCCCUGCUCCACCUCUUCAUUCCCCAUCUCUCUCCAUCUCCACCACUAAACCCCGCUCCACCUCUUCAUUCCCCAUCUCGCUCCAUCUCCACCACUAAACCCCUGCUCUACCUCUUCAUUCCCCAUCUCUCUCCAUCUCCACCACUAAACCCCGCUCCACCUCUUCAUUCCCCAUCUCCACCACUAAACCCCGCUCCACCUCACAUUUCACUGUAAUGUCUACACCUGUUGUAUUCGGCGCAUGUAGCAAAUAGAAUUUGAUUUGAUAAUUCCCCAUCUCCCUCCCAUCUCUACCAGCUCAUCUCAGAGCCUGUUUACCAGUAGAGACAUCAUGACCCCUGCUCAUAUGACCAGCUCCAUUUAUUCUCUCGAUAAAGAAGAUUUUAAUUAAUCGGAUUGUCUCGAGAGUGCAUGACUGGACUGAUGGGGUCAUCAUGGGAGGCUCACGUGGCAUUCCCCUCUGUAUUAUUACACUCACUGGUUGACCAGAUAGAAAUUACUGUACAAAUGUUAGCUUGAUGCUUAAUAUCGACCGUUUCCCUCCAUGCACUGCAUACCACAGGGAAGUCUCUCUCCUCUCACAUUCCUAGGUAGAGAGAAUGCAUUCAAGUAGGUGAGAGGAAUUAAUAGAUUUAGAGCAGAGAUGACUUGAAGAGGUGUGUUAAUUAUAGUUAAUUUAAGCCCUGCCAACGUGGGCUUGUUGUGAAGACGAGAAGGAGAAAAUAUAACAUACAUAUAUAUUUCUAUACGUUUCCAUACUCACAAGUGGGUUAAAAGCAAGUUAGUUUUAUCUAUCACCUUCGUGUUCUCUGUGUAAAUGUGAAUUAGAGGCUGGGGAAUUGGUUGGGGGAGGGUGUGGCUCCUAGCAUGUGAGUUGUUGCUAAGAGCUGUGAAAGACGUCAAGUGCUGUGGUAUAACAUGAAUGUCUGUGUGUUAGUGCUUUUGGAGGUCGGUUCGGUUUCGCUUCUAAAAAUAAAAUAAACAAAUUACCACGGUUUUCGGUUUUGAUUCUUAUUUUUAACCUCUUAAGGAUCAGACUCUUCUUUUCAAUUUCCGCCUAAAAUGACCCAAAUCUAACUGCCUGUAGCUCAGGACCUGAAGCAAGGAUAUGCUUAUUCUUGGUACUUUUUGAAAGGAAACACUUUGAAGUUUGUGGAAAUGUGAAAUGAAUGUAGAACAUAACACAAUAGAUCUGGUAAAAGAUAAAACAAACAAAAAAACAUACGUUUUUUAUUUUUGUUGCAUCAUCUUUGACAUGAAAAAGAAAAGCCAUACAUUCAGAUAGGAAGCUGGAGGUAAUUUAGAUGUUGUCUACAAGAGGACAACAGUGUAUAUGAGGGAGCUACAUAACAUUUAGUAUGAUGUCACCCAGGUGUCCCUCACGAGUUUGCCUAAAUGUACCCAAGUGGCCGACGUGGUAAAUUGAUACAUUUUCAAGUACAUAACUAUAGAGAACAUACAAAAAUGCUAUGGUAAUAAAAAAUACUAGUUCGCACACUCCCAGGAAUGUCAUACAUGAUGGAUCAUUAGCUUUCCUACAUAAGACACGAAACUUCACACAUCUAGAUGGCCGGGCGGGGUGGGUGUGGAGCCAGAGACAGCAGCAGGGGUCAGACUGGAGGAACCAGUCUCUUUGGUGUUGGCUCCCAGAGGUCAUCUGAGUCAGUCUCUAGCACCAUAGAAGAUUUAAAAACAUUCAUUAAGAACUGAACUUUACUAUUACUUAUUCUAUUGAACCUUUAUUUUAGCAGGGGUGAGCCCUGCAUCAAUACGUUUACGGAUGAGCCCUGCAUCAAUACAUCAAAUAAACAACACAUAUCCAUAAACAUACAGUGGGGAGAACAAGUAUUUGAUACACUGCCGAUUUUGCAGGUUUUCCAACUUACAAAGCAUGUAGAGGUCUGUCAUUUUUAUCAUAGGUACACUUCAACUGUGAGAGACGGAAUCUAAAACAAAAAUCCAGAAAAUCACAUUGUAUGAUUUUUAAGUAAUUAAUUUGCAUUUUAUUGCAUGACAUAAGUAUUUGAUCACCUACUAACCAGUAAGAAUUCCGGCUCUCACAGACCUGUUAGUUUUUCUUUAAGAAGCCCUCCUGUUCUCCACUCAUUACCUGUAUUAACUGCACCUGUUUGAACUCGUUACCUGUAUAAAAGACACCUGUCCACACACUCAAUCAAACAAACUCCAACCUCUCCACAAUGGCCAAGACCAGAGAGCUGUGUAAGGACAUCAGGGAUAAAAUUGUAGGCCUGCACAAGGCUGGGAUGGGCUACAGGACAAUAGGCAAGCAGCUUGGUGAGAAGGCAACAACUGUUGGCGCAAUUAUUAGAAAAUGGAAGAAGUUCAAGAUGACGCUCAAUCACCCUCGGUCUGGGGCUCCAUGCAAGAUCUCACCUCGUGGGGCAUCAGUGAUCAUGAGGAAGGUGAGGGAUCAGCCCAGAACUACACAGCAGGACCUGGUCAAUGACCUGAAGAGAGCUGGGACCACAGUCUCAAAGAAAACGAUUAGUAACACACUACGCCGUCAUGGAUUAAAAUCCUGCAGCGCACGCAAGGUCCCCCUGCUCAAGCCAGCGCAUGUCCAGGCUCAUCUGAAGUUUGCCAAUGACCAUCUGGAUGAUCCAGAGGAGGAAUGGGAGAAGGUCAUGUGGUCUGAUGAGACAAAAAUAGAGCUUUUUGGUCUAAACUCCACUCACCGUGUUUUGAGGAAGAAGUAGGAUGAGUACAACUCCAAGAACACCAUCCCAACCAUCAAGCAUGGAGGUGGAAACAUCAUUCUUUGGGGAUGCUUUUCUGCAAAGGGGAUAGGACGACUGCACCGUAUUGAGGAGAGGAUGGAUGGGGCCAUGUAUUGCGAGAUCUUGGCCAACAACCUCCUUCCCUCAGUAAGAGCAUUGAAGAUGGGUCGUGGCUGGGUCUUCCAGCAUGACAACGACCCGAAACACACAGCCAGGGCAACUAAGGAGUGGCUCUGUAAGAAGCAUCUCAAGGUCCUGGAGUGGCCUAGCCAGUCUCCAGACCUGAACCCAAUAGAAAAUCUUUGGAGGGAGCUGAAAGUCCGUAUUGCCCAGCGACAGCCCCGAAACCUGAAGGAUCUGGAAAAGGUCUGUAUGGAGGAGUGGGCCAAAAUCCCUGCAGCAGUGUGUGCAAACCUGGUCAAGACCUACAGGAAACGUAUGAUCUCUGUAAUUGCAAACAAAGGUUUCUGUACCAAAUAUUAAGUUCUGCUUUUCUGAUGUAUCAAAUACUUAUGUCAUGCAGUAAAAUGCAAAUUAAUUACUUAAAAAUCAUACAAUGUGAUUUUCUGGAUUUUUGGAUUGCGUCUCUCACAGUUGAAGUGUACCUAUGAUAAACAUUACAGACCUCUACAUGCUUUGUAAGUAGGAAAACCUGCAAAAUCGGCAGUGUAUCAAAUACUUGUUCUCCCCACUGUAUAUUAGAGUUUGGGGAACACAAUCACUAUAAUGAAAUAUGUUUACCAAUAGUAAAUAGGGGGCAGACCUACAAUGUAUUUAUACAGACCUAAAAUGUAUUAGCAUAGCCAUUGUGUAUUUUAUGUUGAUUGAGUCUUUAGCGCUAUAGAAUAUUUUUUUUAAAUCAGUAAGAACUCAAGUUUACUAUUUACUUAUUUUAUUGAACCUUUAUUUUAGCAGGGGGUGAGCCUGCAUUGAUUAUUUUAGCAGGGGGGUGAGCAAUGUGUAUUUUAUGUUGACUUAUUUCGAGUGCCCUAUUUACUAUUGAGAAACAUAUUUCAUUAUAGUGAUUAUAUAUACAGUGCCUUGCAAAAGUAUUAAUUCCCCAUGGCGUUUUUCCUAUUUUGUUGCAUUACAACCUGUAAUUUAAAUGGAUUUUUAUUUGGAUUUCAUGUAAUGGACAUACACAAAAUAGUCCAAAUUGGUGAAGUGAAAUAAAAAAAAUUACUUUUUUUUAAAAAUUCUAAAAAAUAAAUAACGGAAAACUGGUGCAUGCAUAUGUAUUCACCCCCUUUUGCUAUGAAGCCCCUAAAUAAGAUCUGGUGCAACCAAUUACCUUCAGAAGUUACAUAAUUUGUUAAAUAAAGUCCACCUGUGUGCAAGUGUCACGGGAUCUGUCACAUGAUCUCAGUGUGUAUAUAUACACCUGUUCUGAAAGGCCCCAGAGUCUGCAACACCACUAAGCAAGGGUAACCAAGGACCUAACCAAGGACUUCUCCAAACAGGUCAGGGACAAAGUUGUGGAGAAGUACAGAUCAGGGUUGGGUUACAAAAAUAUAUAAGAAGCUUUGAACAUCCCACGGAGCACCAUUUUAAAUCCAUUAUUAAAAAAUGGAAGGAAUAUGGCACCACAACAAACCUGCCAAGAGAGGGCCGCCCACCAAAACUCACGGACCAGGCAAGGAGGGCAUUCAUCAGAGGCAACAAAGAGACCAAAGAUAACCCUGAAGGAGCUGCAAAGCUCCACAGCGGAGAUUGGAGUAUCUGUCCAUAGGACCACUUUAAGCCGUACACUCCACAGAGCUGGGCUUUACGGAAGAGUGGCCAGUUAAAAGCCAUUGCUUAAAGAAAAAAAUAAGCAAACACGUUUGGUGUUCGCCAAAAGGCAUGUGGGAGUCUCCCCAAACAUAUGGAAGAAGGUACUCUGGUCAGAUGAGACUAAAAUUGAGAUUUCUGGCCAUCAAGGAAAACGCUGUCUGGCGCAAACCCAACACCUCUCAUCACCCCGAGAACAACAUCCCCACAGUGAAGCAUGUUGGUGGCAGCAUCAGGCUGUGGGGAUGUUUUUCAUCGGCAGGGACUGGGAAACUGGUCAGAAUUGAAGGAAUGAUGGAUGGUGCUAAAUAAAGGGAAAUUCUUGAGGGAAACCUGUUUCAGUCUUCCAGAGAUUUGAGAGUGGGACAGAGGUUCACCUUCCAGCAGGACAAUGACCCUAAGCAUACUGCUAAAGCAACACCCGAGUGGUUUAAGGGGAAACAUUUCAAUGUCUUGGAAUGGCCUAGCCAAAGCCCAGACCUCAAUCCAAUUGAGAAUCUGUGGUAUGACUUAAAGAUUGCUGUACACCAGCGGAACCCAUCCAACUUGAAAGAGCUGGAGCAUUUUGUCUUGAAGAAUGGGCAAAAAUCCCAGUGGCUAGAUGUGACAAGCUUAUAAAGACAUACCCCAAGAGACUUGCAGCUGUAAUUUCUGCAAAAGGUAGCUCUACAAAGUAUUGACUUUGGGGGGGUGAAUAGUUAUGCACGCUAAAGUUUUCAGUUUUUUUGUUUCACCAGAAAACAUAUUUUGCAUCUUCAAAGUGGUAGUUAUGUUGUGUAAAUCAAAUGAUACAAACCCCCCCCAAAAAACAAUUUUAAUUCCAGGUUGUAAGGCAACAAAAUAGGAACUGCAUGAGAAGAAAUAAAGUAUUUUACUUACCAGUCUGUUACGUCUUUCCAAUCCAAAAUAAAUCAGGGUGAGUCUACAGUGUAAUCACGAACUAAGUCCUCAUCAAUUCUAUGUCACUUUCCCGAUCAAUUUCUGCAAUAAUCUCGUCCAAAUCUGUAUACUUGGUCUUCAAUUGAGCAUUUCCUGUUUUAUUAGCCAUGUUCUACUUUCUAAAAUAGCAAACUUGGUAGAACUAAUCGAGCGUGCCUGCGUAAUACGAGUCCCUCUUUGUUCUCUCGAUUUUAUCUGCCCAAUGUGCAGUUGAAGUCGGAAGUUUACAUACACCUUAGACAAAUACAUUUAAACUCAGUUUUUCACAAUUCCUGGCAAUUAAUCCUAGUAAAAAUUCCCCGUCUUAGGUCAGUUAGGAUCACCACUUUAUUUUAAGAAUGUGAAAUGUCAGAAUAAUAGUAGAGAUUUAUUUAAGCUUUUAUUUCUUUCAUCACAUUCCCAGUGGGUCAGAAGUUUACAUACACUCAAUUAGUAUUUGGUGGCAUUGCCUUUAAAUUGUUUAACUUGGGUGAAACGUUUUGGGUAGCCUUCCACAAGCUUCCCACAAUAAGUUGGGUGAAUUUUGGCCCAUUCCUCCUGACAGAGCUGGUGUAACUGAGUCAGGUUUGUAGGCCUCCUUGCCCGCACACGCUUUUUCAGUUCUGCCCACACAUUUUCUAUAGGAUUGAGGUCAGGGCUUUCUGAUGGCCACUCCAAUACCUUGACUUUGUUGUCCUUAAGCCAUUUUGCCACAACUUUGGAAGUAUGCUUGGGGUCAUUGUCCAUUUGGAAGCCCAUUUGCAACCAAGCUUUAACUUCCUGACUGAUGUCUUGAGAUGUUGCUUCAAUAUAUCCACAUAAUUUUCCUUUCUCAUGAUGCCAUCUAUUUUGUGAAGUGCACCAGUCCCUCCUGCAGCAAAGCACCCCCACAGCAAUGAUGCUGCCACCCCCGUGCUUCACGGUUUUGAUGGUGUUCUUCGGCUUGCAAGCAACCCCCUUUUUCCUCCAAACAUAACGAUGGUCAUUAUGGCCAAACAGUUCUAUUUUUGUUUCAUCAGACCAGAGGACAUUUCUCCAAAAAGUAAGAUCUUUGUCCCCAUGUGCAGUUGCAAACCAUAGUCUGGCUUUUUUAUGGCGGUUUUGGAGUAGUGGCUUCUUCCUUGCUGAGCGGCCUUUCAGGUUAUGUCGACAUAGGACUCGUUUUACUGUGGAUAUAGAUACUUUUGUACCUGUUUCCUCCAGCAUCUUCACUAGGUCCUUUGCUGUUGUUCCGGGAUUUAUUUGCACUUUUCACACAAAAGUACGUUCAUCUCUAGGAGACAGAACGCGUCUCCUUCCUGAGCGGUAUGACGGCUGCGUGGCCCCAUGGUGUUUAUACUUGCGUACUAUUGUUUGUACAGAUGAAUGUGGUACCUUCAGGCGUUUGGAUAUUGCUCCCAAGGAUGAACCAGACUUGUGGAGGUCUACCAUUUUUUUUCUGAGGUCUUGGCUGAUUUCUUUUGAUUUUCCCAUGAUGUCAAGCAAAGAGGCACUGAGUUUGAAGGUAGGCCUUGAAAUACCUCCAAUUGACUCAAAUGAUGUCAAUUAGCCUAUCAGAAGCUUCUAAAGCCAUGGAAUUUACCAAGCUGUUUAAAGGCACAGUCAACUUAGUGGAUGUAAACUUCUGACCCACUGGAAUUGUGAUACAGUGAAUUAUAAGUUAAAUAAUCUGUCUGUAGACAAUUUUUUGAAAUAUUACUUGUGUCAUGCACAAAGUAGAUGUCCUAACCGACUUGCCAAAACUAUAGUUUGUUAACAAGAAUUUUGUGGAGUGGUUGAAAAACGAGUUUUAAUCAAAUCAAAUCAAAUCAAAUAUUAUUUGCCACAUGCGCCGAAUACAACAUGUGUAGACAUUACAGUGAAAUGCUUACUUACAAGCCCUUAACCAACAAUGCUUUUUAAAAAGGUUUUUUUUUUUUUUUUUUUUUUUGUGUUAAGUAAAAAAAAUAAGAGCAGCAGUAAAAUAAAAUAACAGUAGGGAGGCUAUAUACAGGGGGUACCGGUACAGAGUCAAUGUGCGGGGGAACGGCUAGUCGAGGUAAUUUAGGUAAUAUGUACAUGUGGGUAGAGUUAAAGUGACUAUGCAUAGAUAAUAGACAGAGUAGCAGCAGGCUAAAAGAGUGAGGUGGGGGUGGGGGGGCUUUGAAAAUAUUCCAUUGUCUCGGUCUGGUCCACGUUGGGUAGACGUCAAUAGGAAAUUACUAUGAAAUAAUACAAUAUUUCAGUUGUUGUAUUACUUAGUUUUUAUUUGAUUACUUUAUUAUUUUUCAUUCCUUAAAGUCAUCAUCUUAUCUCUAAUCAGGCAGUAGCAGCCAGCCAGCCAGACAACGUUAUCUCUGUGCUCCCCGUACUGUACUGUCUUUAGUCAUCCUAUUUAUCUAGGCUAGCCUGCCUAAGCAUGCUGCAGAGCUGUCUGACCAAAUCAUUUAACUACCAAUAUCCUGCACUGGACUAGGUUGACUAUUUGCUUAAUAAAAACUAACAACUCCCUUUAGCCCAGCGUCCUACAUAGUUCUUGACUUGAUUUAUCUCAUUAAUUAUUUGAUUUCUCUAUAGAAAAACGGCACGUUGGGCACACAAAAAAAAAAAGAACUAUACUGAAUAAAAAUAUAAACGCAACAUAUAAAGUGUUGGUCCCAUGUUUCAUGAGCUGAAAUAAAAGAUCCAAGAAAUUUUCCACAUGCACAAAAAGCUUAUUUCUCUCCAAUUUUGUGCAGAAAUUUGUUUACAUCCCUGUUAGUGAGCAUUUCUCCUUUGCCAAGAUAAUCCAUCCACCUGACAGGUGUGGCAUAUCAAGAAGCUGAUUAAACAGCAUGAUCAUUACACAGGUGCACCUUGUGCUGGGGGCAGUAAAAUGUUUUGUCACACAACACAAUGCCACAGAUGUCUCAAGUUUUGAGGAAGCGUGCAAUUAGAUUGCUGACUGCAGGAAUGUCCACCAGAGCUGUUGCCAGAGAAUUGACUGUUCAUUUCUCUACUAUAAGGCGCCUCCAACAUUGUUUUAGAGAAUUUGGCAGAGCGUACAACCAGCCUCACAACCACAUACCAUGUGUAAACACACCAGCCCAGGACCUCCACAUCCGGCUUUUUCACAUGCGGGAUCGUCUGAGACCAGCCACCCGGACAGCUGAUGAAACUGAGGAGUAUUUCUGUCUGUAAUAAAGCCCUUUUGUAUGGGAAAAACACAUUCUGAUUGGCUGGGCCUGGAUCCCCAGUGGGUGGGCCUAUGCCCAGUCAUGUGAAAUCCAUAGAUUAGGGCCUAAUGAAUUUAUUUCAAUUGACUGAUUUCCUUAUAUGAACUGUAGCUCAGUAAAAUUGUUAACUGUUGCAUGUUGCGUUUUAUAUUUUUGUUCAAUAUAAAUGUAAUUCAAGUAAUUGAUCCGAAGUCUGUCAAUUGGUUGUUAAAAAAAACAAAAAAACACACGUCUGUUAAUCACUCAGCACUGGGGUUGUGCGUGCGGCAGGUAGCCUAGCAGUUAAAACCGCUUGACCAGUAACCGAAAGGUCGCUGGUUUGAAUCCCCGAAACCGACUAGGGGAAAAAAUCUGUCUGUGCCCUUGAGCAAGGCACUUAACCCUACAUGUGUGUGCUGCCCUGCUUCCUCUGCUGCUGGGCCCUGUCUGUGACUCCUUUGGUCCUCUGUGUUCCACACAGCACAGUACGGUCAGUACAGUAACCCCCUAUCCUCUCUCUUCAGCUCAAUGAGCCGGCCCUGGUCGAAGGUCUGGUCCUCAUCAAUGUGGACCCCUGUGCAAAGGGCUGGAUGGACUGGGCCGCCUCAAAGGUAAAAACCAACACACAAACAUAUUUCUAUGCUAACUUUGUGCAUUUUAGAGGCAUACUAGAUUGGCAUGUUGGAGCAUAAUUAUUUGUUGUUUUAGAUGUCCGGCUGGACCAGCAACCUGGUGGACAUAGUGAUGGCCCACCACUUCAGUGAUGUGAGUCAGAGGGCUGUGUGGAGGGAUGGGAGACUGGGCCAGAGGGCUGUCUGAAGGGAUGGGAGACUGGGACAGAGGGCUAUCUGAAGGGGUAGGAGACUGGGACAGAGGGCUGUCUGAAGGGAUGGGAGACUGGGACAGAGGACUGUCUGAAGGGAUGGGAGACUGGGACAGAGGGCUAUCUGAAGGGGUAAGAGACUGGGACAGAGGGCUGUCUGAAGGGAUGGGAGACUGGGACAGAGGACUGUCUGAAGGGAUGGGAGACUGGGACAGAGGGCUAUCUGAAGGGGUAGGAGACUGGGACAGAGGGCUGUCUGAAGGGAUGGGAGACUGGGACAGAGGACUGUCUGAAGGGAUGGGAGACUGGGACAGAGGGCUAUCUGAAGGGGUAGGAGACUGGGACAGAGGGCUGUCUGAAGGGAUGGGAGACUGGGACAGAGGACUGUCUGAAGGGAUGGGAGACUGGGACAGAGGGCUAUCUGAAGGGGUAGGAGACUGGGACAGAGGGCUGUCUGAAGAGAUGGGAGACUGGGACAGAGGGCUGUCUGAAGGGGUAGGAGACUGGGACAGAGGGCAAUCUGAAGGGAUGGGAGACUAGGACAGAGGGCUGUCUGAAGGGAUGGGAGACUGGGACAGACAGAGGGAAAGGACUAUGCAGACUUUUCUGACGUGCAAACUGAUAUUUAAUUUCAGAAUAGGUUAAUGGUUUGGUUAAGCUUAGGGGUUUAGGUAAGGAUCAGUUUUAGAUUUUGGCAAGUCGGUUUGAAAAGUCUGUAUAGCCCUUUCCGGGUCAGAGCAUACUGGCCGAAUACUGUGGGUGGUUGAAAGUGAUGUAACAAUCUUUGCCCCCUCCUCAGGAUGAGCUGUCUGACAACCAGGAGAUCACCCAGACAUAUCGCCUGCACAUUGCCCAGGACAUCAACCAGGAAAACCUGGCCCUCUUCUGCAAUGCCUACAACAGGUACAGUACUGUACAUAGAACCCCAAGAGUAACUGGCUGUGCAUUUGGGUAGAAAUGAUAGAUUGGUUGAUUGAUUUAUCUAUUUGUUUUGACAGCCGUCGGGACUUGGAGAUCGAGAGGCCCAUCACCGGUCUGACUGAGGACACGGUGAACACACUGAAGUAUGUGAACAUGCUGCAGACUGUAUUACUGCAGCUGUCUUCUUGUAUGUGGACUGUGUGUUUUGUAUGCGAGUUGUUUUUUAUAAACUGGGUGGUUCAAGCCCUGAAUGCUGAUUUGGCUGAAAGCCGUGGUAUAUCAGACCGUAUACCACAGGUAUGGAAAAACAUGUAUUUUUACUGCUCUAAUUACGUUGGUAACCAGUGUAUAAUAGCAAUAAGGCACCUCGGGGGUUUGUGGUAUAUGGCUAAUAUACCACGGCUAAGGGCUGUAUCCAGGCACUCCGUGUUGCAUUGUGCUUAAGAACAGCCCUUAACCCCCCCCCCCCCCCCGGGCCUUAUUGGUUAAUUAUAACAUUGCAUCCCUGCUUUCUCUCUGAGUGCUGACUCUGUUUGUCUCUCCAUCCAGAUGCACUUCUCUGCUGGUGGUUGGUGACACGUCCCCGGCUGUCGAUGCAGUGGUGGGUGCCCACUUUAUCUCCAUUGCAACACAGUAGCGAAUAAGCCAGAGGGUCUGAUUCCAAUACAAAGUAUCAACCCACCUCAGGGACAGAGUGUUGUGUUGUGUCUAUAGAGAUGGGGGUGAGGUCACUAGACGUAGCCUUUCUGAAUAGGAGGGGCCAGACGGAACCCUGUCUAAACAGCUGUUGUAUCUCAUCUAUCUCAAUCUUCCUUUCUUGUUUACAGGUUGAAUGCAACUCCAGGUUAAAUCCAACCAAAACAACCCUUCUUAAGGUGUGUUCAGUUACUAUUUUGUUGUUGGUAGAAAUAGGAGUGGUAAUGCUAUGUGGUCCCUGCUGUUCUGCUCUUUAGUAAUGCACAUGAUCUGCGUAGAGGAGGUUCAGCCUUCUUGGAGGUGUUCAUAGGCCAGUGAAUGUUAAGGUAUUUUGACUAACGGCAUGAUCCUGUCUGUGAGAUUCUCCACUUUGGGCAUGCUUCUCAUUCUCUGGUUACUUCCCUAUAGAUGCAAGACUGUGGCGGGCUUCCUCAGGUCAUCCAGGUGAGUCAUGAACUAGUUUUGUAUUUAGCUUAAACUACACUUAAGUGGUCCUCUGUAGCUCAGUUGGUUAGAGAAUGGCCCUUGCAACACCAGGAUCGCGAGUUUGAUCCCCGUACGUAAAACAGAACGAGCAGUAUGGCUGGUGGCAUUAUCAUGCUGGAGGGUCAUGUCAGAAUGAGCCUGCAGGAAGGGUACCGCAUGAGGGAGGAGGAUGUCUUCCCUGUAACGCACAGCAUUGAGAUUGCCUGCAAUGACAACAAGCUCAGUCUGAUGAUGCUGUGACACACCGCCCCAGACCAUGACGGACCCUCCACCUUCAAAUCGAUCCUGCUCCAGAGUACAGGCCUCGGUGUAACGCUCAUUCCUUCGACGAUAAACGCAAAUCCGACCAUCACCCCUGGUGAGAUAAAACCGUGACUUGUCAGUGAAGAGCACUUUUUGCCAGUCCUGUCUGGUCCAGCGACGGUGGGUUUGUGCCCAUAGGCGACGUUGUUGCCGGUGAUGUCUGGUGAGGACCUGCCUUACAACAGGCCUGCAAGCCCUCGGUCCAGCCUCUCUCAGCCUAUUGUGGAUAGUCUGAGCACUGAUGGAGGGAUUGUGCGUUCCUGGUGUAACUCGGGCAGUUGUUGUUGCCAUCCUGUACCUGUCCCGCAGGUGUGAUGUUCGGAUGUACCGAUCCUGUGCAGGUGUUGUUACACGUGGUCUGCCACUGCGAGGACGAUCAGCUGUCCGUCCUGUCUCCCUGUAGCGCUGUCUUAGGCGUCUCACAGUACGGACAUUGCAAUUUAUUGCCCUGGCCACAUCUGCAGUCCUCAUGCCUCCUUGCAGCAUGCCUAAGGCACGUUCAUGCAGAUGAGCUGGGACCCUGGGCAUCUUUCUUUUGGUGUUUUUCAGAGUCAGUAGAAAGGCUUCUUUAGUGUCCUAAGUUUUCAUAACUGUGACCUUAAUUGCCUACCGUCUGUAAGCUGUUAGUGUCUUAAUGACCGUUCCACAGGUGCAUGUUCAUUAAUUGUUUAUGGUUCAUUGAACAAGGAUGGGAAACCGUGUUUAAACCCUUUACAAUGAAGAUCUGUGAAGUUAUUUGGAUUUUUACGAAUUAUCUUUGAAAGACAGGGUCCUGAAAAAGGACGUUUCUUUUUUUGCUGAGUUUAUAUUACUCAAUCUUAACUGUUACUAAAUUCAGUUUUAUUUAAAAUGGCUCCGUUUAACUGAUGUGUUUUCUGUUUGUGUCUUACAGCCGGGUAAACUCGCGGAGGCCUUCAAAUACUUUGUCCAGGGAAUGGGUUACAGUGAGUACUGCUCCUUAUAAUCCUCUAUCAUUAUGUUUCCUUCUCAGAGUACUUUAGUCGUCAGACUUGUGUUUUUUCCUGUUCUGGUUGUAUCAAUAUGUUGUUCCAUGUGAUCUAUUGUAUGUUCUGUUUACUGAAGUCCCUCUAUCUCAGAAUGAGACAUCAGUCCAACUGAUAUUCCAUAGAACACUACCUUUCAGGCAGCAGCCCUCCCCAUGCGGGCAUCACAGACACAUUUGAGUCAUUUAGCAGACGCUCCUAUCCAGAGCAACUUAGUUGAGUGCCAUGCUCAAGGGCACAUCGACACAUUUUUCACCUUUUGGUUACUGGCUCAAUGGUUUUAAUCGCUAGGCUACCUGCCACACACACAUUUCUGCCCUAAACUAAGACUCAAGGCUAAUGUAGCAUUCCUGUAGCACUUCAAGAAUAGAGAGGAACCCCAGUAGCUACAAAACAACAUUUACUGGAUGUUCAAGGAUGAAGUUAAUGAGAGCCAAUUGUUGCAUAAGCGUACAAACCAUUACUGGUAACUGACCAGGGAACUAACCUCAAGCUAACCUUGUUUCCUGUCUGUUUGCAGUGACUCUUAACAACGGGUGUAAGUAGUUUGAUGCUGAGUAAAUAAUUUACAUGCAGCAUGGUCUUCCCUUGAACGUACACUACAUGGCCAAAGGUAUGUGGACAUCCCUUCAAAUUAGUGGAUUUGGUUAUUUAAGCCACAACCGUUGCUGACAGGUAUAUAAAAUCGAGCACACAGCCAUGCAAUCUCCAUAGACAAACAUUGACAGUAGAAUGGCCUUACUGAAGAGCUCAGUGACUUUCAACGUGGCACCGUCAUAGGAUGCCACCUUUCCAACAAGUCAGUUCGUCAAAUUUCUAUCCUGCUAGAGCUGCCCCGGUCAACUGAAAGUGCUGUUAUUGUGAAGUGGAAACGUCUAGGAGCAACAACGGCUCAGCCGCAAAGUGGUAGGCCACACAAGCUCACAGAACGGAAUCGUCUGGCCUCGGUUGCAACACUCACUACCGAGUUCCAAACUGCCUCUGGAAGCAACGUCAGCACAAUAACUGUUCGUCAGGAGCUUCAUGUAAUGGGUUUCCAUGGCCGAGCAGCUGCACCCAAGCCUAAGAUCAACCCUGUUCUUGACGAUUCUGUGCUUCCAACUUUGUGGCAACAGUUUGGGGAAGGCCCUUUCCUGUUUCAGCAUGACAAUGCCCCUGUGCACAAAGCGAGGUCCAUACAGAAAUGGUUUGUCGAGAUCAGUGUGGAAGAACUUGACUGGCCUGCACAGAGCCCUGACCUCAACCCCAUCGAACACCUUUGGAACGCCGACUGCGAGCCAGGCCUAAUCGCCCAACAUCGGUGCCCGACCUCACUUAUGCUCUUGUGGCUGAAUAGAAGCAAGUCCCUGCAGCAAUGUUCCAACAUCUUCUGGAUAGCCUUCCCAGAAGAGUGGAGGCUUUUAUAGCAGCAAAGGGGGGGACCAACUCCAUAUUGAUGCCCAUGAUUUUGGAAUGAGACGUUCGACAAGCACGUGUCCACAUACUUUUGGCAAUGUAAUGUACCUUGGUGUGUGGGAUGAUCUGUUCCUUCCCCCAGGUCUUAAGAUGCAGUGCCCUAAACAGGGAGGGUGUUUACAGGCCUACCUUUUUAAAGCUGUGGUUCAUUUAGGCCUACUGCGAGCAGAUCUGGCUUGUUGAAUGAUAAUCAUAUUACAAACAUAGUGUAUAGACCACGUAUUGGGCACUGUAUCUUAUAACUGCCAAAUUCCAUUGGCUGUCUUUGAUCACUUUGAGAUACUCAGAUCUCUUUUUAGCGCUUCAAAAUGUUUAUAUUUUGUUCAUAUAAACAUUUAAGGUUUGAGUUGCUAGCUCACAGAGUGGAAAAUGGAAGGUGUUCCAAUGAGGUCAGAGUGCUUGAUUAGAGUCUUACAAUAGUUAUUGUUCUCCCUCUGGAAUCUUUUCAUCUGAACGUUAAGCCUUCUGUGCCUGUGUAAACCUCACUGACAAAACCCUGCACCCCCUUCCACCCCUCGCCUGGCUUGCCCUCACCAUCCUCACCUCUGGCCUUCACCCGCCCUCCCCUGGUCCUCACCCCUCCAGUGAUGGCUGACUGAGGCUCCAGUGGUUCUCCAGGUAUGGUAAUGUUAGUGGCAGAUUCAUGUUCUCAUUAAAGGCUGCUCUAAGCCCCACAGCAUGGCCUGCCCUGGGGACCUGUCUGGACUCCCAUGAGCCCUGAGCUGCCUGGGCAGCCUUUUGUUCUGCUGCCACAGGGACACUCACAUGGGGCUGCUGGAGGGUAAUGUCAGGAGAGCAGAGCCUCUCUACUCAGAGAACUAUGCUGCCUCCGCACAGCACUGUGGGAAGGAACAUUUCUCACUGCCUUCUUCCAAAUCCUACCCUCUGAGGGUGACCCUUGAUGUUUUGUCUGACUACAGAGGCACUCCAAGCCGCUCCCUAAGGGCUGGCCUGGGGUCAGAGGCACUCCAAGCCGCUCCCUACGGGCUGGCCUGGGGUCAGAGGCACUCCAAGCCGCUCCCUAAGGGCUGGCCCGGGGUCAGAGGCACUCCAAGCCGCUCCCUAAGGGCUGGCCCGGGGUCAGAGGCACUCCAAGCCUCUCCCUAAGGGCUGGCCCGGGGUUAGAGGCACUCCAAGCCGCUCCCUAAGGGCUGGCCCGGGGUCAGAGGCACUCCAAGCCGCUCCCUAAGGGCUGGCCCGGGGUCAGAGGCACUCCAAGCCGCUCCCUAAGGGCUGGCCCGGGGUCAGAGGCACUCCAAGCCUCUCCCUAAGGGCUGGCCCGGGGUUAGAGGCACUCCAAGCCGCUCCCUAAGGGCUGGCCCGGGGUCAGAGGCACUCCAAGCCGCUCCCUAAGGGCUGGCCCGGGGUCAGAGGCACUCCAAGCCGCUCCCUAAGGGCUGGCCCGGGGUCAGUUUGGGAUUGAGUGGUGGUUUAUCCUACGCCCCCUCAUUCUUCCACCUCUUGGAGGUUUAGGUCUGUUUGCUUUUCUGCUUGAAGAGUUAUUCUGGAUACCCAUCCUAGUUAUUGAAAUUAACUAUAAUUUUCAAUGGGAUACUGUAUAGCUUGAAAAACUAUUUUCACUCAUCAAACACCGAUAGCCCUCCCUUGUCUUGUCUUUCUUGUGAACCCUGUCUCUCUCGAGGUGUUAAGUAUGGUGGUUUCCUCCCUGUCUAACCUUUCACACUUUGUUCUUUGCCCACACCAAGCAAUAGCAGGUUUCAGAAAGUACCUCCUCUUUCUGAGAAUGCAUAAACAUUGAAACAGUUGAGGACAUUGUGAGCCUUCACAAACACAUAUUGUAGCAUACUGUAGAAGGUUUGUAACUCUGUAGCAUUCAGACUACGCCUUCUGUCAGUUGGCUCAGCCAAGAAGAUCAGCGUUGUGUUAAAAGGAAAGCAGUAAGCUAGCAGGAGAGUGGUUUGAGUGUGAAUUGAUGAACAGUAGAGCUGGGACGAUAAACCGGAAAGUAUCGACGCCGACUGUACCGACCAUUUAUCAAGGACAUUUUACUGAUAUCGAUAAUCCCAAUAAGUGUCCUACUAGAGAAAUCUGAAGUUUGAAAGGAAAUAAGUCUGCUAAUAUGGGCUAUUGCUAACGGUACAAUUGAUAGUUACAACAUUCAAAGUAGUAGUAGUAGUUUUAAGGGUAAGGUAAUAUAUAAAAGUAGGCUAACAGGUGCAAAUGAAUGUUAUAAACGUAUCGUUCUAUUUAUCGUAAUCGUGAUAAUUCAGUCAAUUUAUCGUGAUAUAGAUUUGUGUCCAUAUCACCCAGCUCUAUUGAACAGUCAAGUGCUCUUCGAGGCCCUGUUUGAAUGUUGUUUGAAAGGUUACUUUAGGUCGAGAGACUGUAGUUCAGUGGGGAAAUUAUCGCAGUGGGGACACAUUCAACUAACUCAACUGGAUCAGACGAUGUACUCGUGGAGCACAUCUUGGCUAAAAGUCCUCUUCAAGUAAUCUCAGGGCCACAGGGGACAUUCCCUUUAGUUUGACUGAACAGUGAGAAAGCCUUGGAAGAGACACAUUCUGGCUAUUUUGACAACUGUCAGGUAUUUACUGAAAAUGAAUGGAAAAGGAUAUAGUGCUAGAAUGCUCUGUACAUGGUGCUGCUUCAAGUCUCUCCUAGGUAAAGCUGUAGGACACAAUGUUUGUUUCUUUUCAGAUCUUUUGUGAAGACGGAGCAUUAAUCUGACAGUCUCUCUGUUACCCUCCUUUAUUUCUUCCCUCCUUUCCUCCUUCCUUUCUGCCCCUCCAUCAAUGCUAACAGUCCCUCAUGUACUGCUUAGCCACCUAAGCAGCGAAUCAGGUACCAGGACCAUAGGUAGCAGCCUUGGCUGCGCCAGCCUGCCCUCUCUACCUACAGUGCUCUGUCCUCCCAACCCUGUUUGCCCAUCACUGUUAGCCGGCUCACAUUUUAGCCAUCCUCUCAAGUCUCUAAUUUGGCGACCAUGAGAUUUGAAGCAUGUGGUCAUAACUAUUAUUAUUUUUUAAGAUUCCUUUAUGUCUCUAAAUGUGUGGUUUGAGAGGGUGUGGAUGUUUGUGAUGUCUGUCUGUUUGUUCUUGUCUUUGUUAUGUUUCUCUUCUGAACAGAUGGCCCUCAAAUCUCUUGUGCAUGCUGCAUAAUCAUAUUGGCUUUUCCUAUUUAUUCAUUUUUUCUCCAACAGUAAAAAUGAAUUGGAACUUGACCUGAUCAGGCAAUCUCUUUUUCUUUAUGGGAGAAUAAUGAACACAGUGAGGGAUUCUGCUCAGACAUUUCAGACCCCAACCACUUUAAUGAGAUGCAUAUACAUACAGUACUUUCUGAAAUAUGGUGAAAUAUCCAGCAUUCCUGCUUCGCUGUAAUCUACUUGACCCUGACUAAAAGGCAGCGUAGCUAGCACGAGCUCAACAGUACAUGGUGAUCAGGUUAUCAGGUGUUUAGAGAUUUCAUUAUUCUCCCUGGGCUGCAGUCCACUCCAUCUUAAAUUGGGAAUGUUGAUGCAAUAAUGAUUGUGGUAUGAUCUACCAGGGGCCUCAUUUACAAACAUUGCGUAUGCACAGAAUAUGCCCCAAAACAUUUUAUAAAAACUGAACUUGACGUGAGAAUGUUCUUAUCCUCCUGCAAACUUUUGACCAUGCGUACGCACAGUUUCUAGUGGUUGAAGUAUUGCAUUGCAAGAAGGCAAAAGUAGCCUACUAGCCUUAUGCAAAUAUGGGGAUAGACUGUAUGCUGACUUAUUCAUAACAAACAAACAGGUAACUAAAUAUAAUAACAAGAUGUAAUCAUUUCCUGUUAGUGAGAAGAGCCAAAAAUCUAUUUAUUUUAUCUUUGCAUUCUAAAAUAAUUAGAAAUCUAUUUCAGAAUAUUUAUUUCAUUUCCAUGAUCAUUGCAGAAUAAACUCCUCACCUUUUCUGACUGAUUGUUUCAUACUCGUGAAAUAGCCUAAAGGUCUACAACAAGUUAGGAUGGGCUACCAUUUUGUCUAAUUUAAUUGGACCCACUUCACAGUAGUAAAUAGAUAAGUUACUGGUAUUUAAAGUAUUUUGCUCUAUGCGAUCCGAAGCACAGUUUACAUUUUACGUUUUAGUCUUAACGGUAGAACAGACGGUUCACCUUUUCCAUUGACGUUUGUUGGCUACGUCUGAAUAAUGUAAUGUAAUGUAACAUUUCUCCAGUAGCCUAGAAAUGUAUAAACAUAAUGCAUGUAUCAUAACCAAUUGCACCUUUUCUGGCCAUGAUGAGUUCAUAUUCCCCAAGUAGCCAUGCAACAGAUUACCAUGAGCAUCUCUCAUUUAAUUGGGCCUAUCAGAUAGGCUAUUAUAAUUUCAGGUUUUUGCUCUAUGCAUCCGAAAAGGAGUGUGGUUUAUAACAUACAGUAGAAUUUAAAACGGUUGAUCUUUUGCAUUGAAGUGUGUCGGCUACCACUGUAAGUAGUCCUACUGUAGUUUUGUUUUCAGAUUAGACAAUGUUUCAGAAUUCACGGGCAGUGCAGCAUAUUUAGGUUCGGGAGAAAGUAAAUUAAAAACAUUUAUUGAAUUCAAACGAUCUGUUUACAGGUCCAGAACAAUUUGCAAUUGUUUUAGUGUUUCAGAAACUGUCAAAUAUAGCAAAUGUCACAAAAGUAAAACACAUUCUGCCAACACCUCCAAAGACAUUUGAUCAAGUUCGCCAUUGCUAUUUCCUUUAGAUAUACUGUCUUGGCUUAAUUCCAAUACUUCCAAAGUAUACAGGAAAUAAGGGUAUUAUUGUCACCUUAAAGGGUGAAUGAUGGGUGUUAUUUAGGUGGAGAUAUAAUGCUCAUUCACACGUGCAGUUUUACGACAGGUCUGAUUUAUAAUGGGAAACAUGCGUAUGUAUGGCCUGCGCCAAGUUUAUAAACCUCAAUAUUUUUGUGCGUGUCCAGUGUUUUCAGAAAUGGCGCACGCAGAUAUUUAGUGUAAAAUUCACGCAACGGUUAUAAAUGAGGCCCCAGCAUCCUACCCCUAGCCACGUUCUCUAAAGCAAGCUACCCCUCCCACAAAACAUUCAACACACACUAAGCAAAUAUCGUCAUACGUGACUUCUUAACCUAAACGCUCUCCUCUAUCUCUCUCUCUCUCUCUCUCUCUCUCUCUCUCUCUCUCUCUCUCUCUCUCUCUCUCUCUCUCUAUCUCUAUCUCUCUCUCUCUCGUCUGUAGUGCCCACGGCCAGUAUGACCCGGCUGGUGCGUUCUCGUACCCACUCUGCCUCCAGCAUGGGCUCUGUGGAGGGGACCCGUAGCCGCACCCACACACAGCUAGAGGGUACCACUGCCGCCGGCCCGGCUGUCGAACAGGCCAGGCCACAGACCAUGGAGGUUUCCUGCUAAAGAACCCUGCCCAGAAAACCAACACCUCCCCCUUCCUCUCUCUCUCUCUCUCUCUCUUUUUCCUUUCCCAAGCUCAAGGUCAGAGAGGGUUGGAAUCCCGAGGGGGCGUCUGAAACGUGUUCUGAAAGAUAAAUUAUUAAGACCGAAGCAGUCAGGUUCUCUGCUGCGUUCUCUCUCUCACCAUUUCCUGUUGUUGUCUGUCUGUCAUGCCUGUCUGUGCAUGACUGCUGUGGCACGGCAACCUGGAAGUCAGUAAGCAGGCGGACGAUGCUGCUUGUCUGGUUUUCCAUUUUGCUGUACCAGCUCUCCCCAUUAAAAGAGGGAGAGGUUAUUUUUUUUAAAUCCUUGAGAUAUGAGGUAUAUUUGUAUUUAUAUAACUACUAUUUCAGUCAGUGUGUCAGUUUAAAGAGAACAGAUGGAAAAGCAUCAGGAGUUUUCUCUUGUAAAGUACUCUACAGAGUACUGUUGCCCCUCUUUCUGUCUCCCUCUGGGUUCUUUCUCACCUUAUGUGCAGAUCAGACCAAAUCACACCACCCCCCUCUACCCCACCCCCCCCUCUACCCCACCCCUCCUUAGUGGUCCAUUCCUUAAUCAGUCUCAUGACACACAAUCUAUUUUUUCUUUUUUUUAAUUGUUGUUUUUAUGUUGUGGUUUGUGAAAAAAUAACUUUGCUUUCCUGGAUUGCAAAACGAUGUGAUAAACUUGCUCCUGCUCUGUACCUUUAUACCUAGAAUAUCUAACAGAAUUACCCUCUAGUAGAUGAAACGUAAUGGACGUGUCUGUAUAAUUGCUUUUGUCUAGAUGUAUCUAGAAAUAGUUACCUUGUUUGAUAUUUUGUUUAUUUUCUCUUUCAAGCAAGUUAUUUGAAAUGGCAGACCCUAGGUUUUUGAUACCCCCAUUGCUAUUGACGGGCAGAGAAAAGAACCAACCCACUGGGCACAGAUGUCAAUUCAAUGUGUAUUCCAUGUUGGUUCAAUGUAAUUUCAUUGAAAUUAUGUGGAAACAAUGUUGAUUCAACCAGUGUGUGCCCAGUGGAAACAUUUACUGUAGUUUAUUGAAGAUUCAAGACAAAUGCGGAGAGUACCUAAACUUGCCCCAGCUCAGUCAGAGGCGAGUAACCGUGUGCAAGUUGAGGUACAGAUAACAUUACUGCCUCUUUCAUAAAAUAAAACUCAAUUAUAUGAAUGUACUAUUUUCUACUAACUGGAAGCAAUUCAUGUUUUCCUUUUCUGAUUAAAUAAAGACCGGGUGAAAACAGCAACGGGUCAGGUGCCUGGGGGACUGUGGAUAGUGUAAUAGACUUUUUGAUUUAGUUAUUAAUGUUAUUAGUUGGUAGUUUUCUCUGUGGUUUUCCUGCAUUUCUCUCUGAUUGUACUACAGCUUGGGUGAGCUAGUGGUGAUGAUGCAUUGUACUGUCUGCAUAGUAUACGGGGUGCUGUAAGUCAUACUGUCUGCUGACUAUAUCAAUUUGUACUGAUCAUAAAAUAAAGCUAAAAACUAUACAUGACUGGACUUUUCAUCAUAUCCUUCUGUCACUGGCAAUGUCUGUGUUUUCUUACUUGGUAAGCUAGCCUAAUAGAAUAGUGUUCCUUUGUAGCUCAGUUGGUAGAGCAUGGUGCUUGUAACGUCAGGGUAGGUGGGUUCAAUGCCUGGGAACACCCCAUGUCAAUUAGCCAUGUCCGCUAAUCAUUUUUUGAUUGGUUAGUUCCUCUAGCCAACUAUCUAAACCAGUGGCGGUCUGUGCCGUUUAAGACGAGGGAGGAUGAUUACAGCAUAUUGGAUGACUGUCAUUCAUAUUCCAUUCACCCAGCUCAAUGUAACAUCGAUAGGUUUAGGCUACUACAUAAUACUCAAAUCGGCACAAUGAAUAUCCCCCCUGAUCACAGGGGGCCCCGUGUAGCUCAGUUGGUAGAGCAUGGCGCUUGCAACGCCAGGGUUGUGGGUUCGAUUCCCACGGGGGGCCAGUAUGAAAAAAUGUAUGCACUCACUAACUGUAAGUCGCUCUGGAUAAGAGCAUCUGCUAAAUGACUAAAAUGUUUAAAAAUCACACGCAUUUCACUUUCAUACCAGACACAUACAAACAGCUCGUUGUAUAUAUAAUUCCCCUUGCUUGUGGACUUCAGUGCAGAACACAACAGCUGUCUUGUGAACAGGCAAAAAAAACUUUACAAGCCAAACCUUCAUAUCAUGACUGCUAACUGCUACACACAGCCUACAUCAUUGUCACGUCAUAGUCAACAUAGGAAUAGCUACUAGAACUAAGGCGUUAGUAAACCUGUUACAGUCAUGCAGAACCCUGUAGUCAACAGCAAGCAGUUUAGCAGUUACACCAAGCAGUUUAGCAGUUACACCAAGCAGUUUAGCAGUUACACCGGCGGACCCCAGUGGCAAUAAAUUAAUAAAGCCAAAAGCUUGCCUUGACUUGGAAGAGUUCCAGUUUUGGAUAGCAAUAGCCAGCUAGUUAACAUAGAACCCCUCUCUGUUUGAGUAGGCUAAACUAGCUAGCUACAUUGGACACUUCUUAAUUUUAGGAGAAAUUAAUUUGUGAAAAACUGUUCAACUAUUGUCUUUCUCGCUCUUUGAGUCAACUACCACAUUUUAUGCACUGCAGUGCUAGCUAGCUGUAGCUUAUGCUUUCAGUGCUAGAUUCAUUGUCUGAUCCUUUGAUUGGGUGGACAUCAUGUCAGUUCAUGCUGCAAGAGCUCUUAUAGAUUGGAGGACGUCCUCCGGAAGUUGUCAUAAUUACUGUGUAAGUCUAUGGAAGGGGGUGAGAACCCUGAGCCUCCUAGGUUUUGUAUUGAAGUCAAUGUACCCAGAGGAGGACAGAAGCUAGCUGUCCUCCGGCUACACCAUGGUGCUACCCUACAGAGUGCUGCUGAGGCUACUGUAGACCUUCAUUGCAAAACAGUGUGUUUUAAUCAAUUGUUUGGUAAUGUGAACAUUUAGUAUAGUUUUAUCUAAAAAUGACAACAUUUUUUUAUGUUUCACUUUUUCUUUUUAUGAAAUUCACUGAUGUGAAUGGUCCUCCCCUUCCUCCACUGAUCCGAACUUGUAGUAAUCAUGGCCGAAUGACUGGGCACGUGCAAGGCCGGACUACCACAUUUGGGGACCCGGGGCAUUGACCUCUGGAGAGUUAAGUUACUGCAUUACAACACAUUUUGCCAUGGUGCAGAGGAAAAUGUGCAGCUUUAUAAUGCUUUUGUGGCCCAUAUCUCUUGAUAAUGAGUACAAUAGGGUUAUGAAGAGAAAAAUAAUUGCUCAACACUUUGUCCCAGUCAACACCCUUUACCUGAAUGACGAAGAAUAUGAAGCUCAAAAACUAUUCUGGGGAAAGAUGUUGUGACCUCACUUCACACCAGUGUUCUAUGCCACCGCUCAUGCAAAUGCUGCUGCAAAACAGAACAUUUGCACAGACCAAUUGCUACAGCUGAUGACUCAUUGAUCAAGUCACUGACAUCAAAGGUCUGUCUGUGCCGAUCACUACAGCCCCAUGUACAGUAGAUAUUGUUGAACAAAAUCUUUCUUCCUUUCUCUUUGUGCCUCACUUUUUCUGUCUUCCCUCACUCUUCUCCAUUUCGCUCUCUUCGCUCUGAUGUCUCUGAAUUGUGGUGCGUAAAAGUUUCAGGCCUCAUUGAAACAGGAAACCGUGUGUGAAUAUAAAAAAACCUCCUGUGACGUCUCUCCACUCAGAUGUACUACAGAGCACUCUGCACUGCUACACCUACAGAGCCUCUACCUACCACCACUGGCUCCUUUCCCCUUGGAACACCACAAAGGAGAACACUCUUUCUUCAUUGGAGCUUAAAGAACUCUCACACAGACACACACAUCGUACGCUCGUUCCACAUGUGAACACUACCAGCAGUGUGAAACUCCCAGACCCACUGGACUCUUCCGCCCUCUGGGCUGCACCUCUAUCCUUGUGCUACUCUACGGUGGGACUCUACAGCUCUGCCAUCAACCCAUUCCACAGCAUCAGAAGACUGACGAUCACCAGUGCCACAACAGGGAAAUGCUGUGAGUAUGAACUUAUUUUCAAGCUGACAAUUGUC